AUGUCAGCCUCACAAGCUCUGAAUCUGGGCUACUUAAGUGCUUCGGUUGUGAAUGUUCCGACCCAGAAAUCUUUGUUGCUUCCUGGGACGAUACAGUCAAUUCCAUCGUUGGCAUCACCAAAACAGCUCCCUGGGUUGAGAACCAGUAAUAACAGCUUGAGGAAAACCACAUCCUUAAAGACCGCUGUUGCUGCAGCUGAAUCUUCCGUUCCCACUGAAACGCAGCAAGAAUCAUCGAGGAAAAGAUAUCAUUUCAUCGUUGCAAAUGCAAAAUUCAUGUUGGAUGAAGAGGAGCAUUUCCAGGAGCAAUUGGCUGAGAGGCUUCGAUUGUUUGGGGAGCGUGGGAAUGAGCAGGACUUUUGGCUUGUGAUUGAACCCAAGUUCUUGGACAAAUUCCCUAACAUUACUAAGAGACUCAAAAGACCCGCCGUGGCUUUGGUUUCCACCAAUGGCCCUUGGAUCACGUUUAUGAAACUAAGACUCGACCGUGUUUUACAAGAAAGUUUUGAAGCCGACAGUCUUGAGGAGGCUUUGGCAUCUACUCCUGUAACUCUAGAGUUUGAGAAGCCAGAGAGAUGGGUCGCACCAUAUCCGAAGUAUGAGUAUGGUUGGUGGGAACCCUUCUUGCCCCCUGGAUCCAAAACAGCUUCAGUAUGA